GUGUGUUAAUAAAUUAUAUAAAUUAUAUAAAUUAUAUAAAAUGCAAAUAUUAUUAUUGAAAUUGAGUCAAAAAUUUUUUUGUCUUCGUAAUUAUUCAAUGCAUACAUCAAUACCUAUUAAAACAAAUAUCAGUUUAAAAGGUAAAACAAUAGCAAUAAGACGAGAGGAUCAAUCAGUAUGGGAAAGAAGAGCUCCAUUAGCACCUUCAAAUGUUCGUCGAUUAAUUCGUGCUGGUGCAAAAGUAAUUGUUCAACCAAGUAAUAGACGUGCAUAUCCAGCUCAAGCAUAUUUAAAUGCUGGUGCUCAACUUCAAGAAGACAUCAGUGAGGCAUCAGUUAUAUUUGGUGUUAAACAAGUGCCUGUUGAUCAGCUUAUAUCAAAUAAAACAUAUUGUUUUUUUUCACAUACAAUUAAAGCACAAGAGGCAAAUAUGCCAAUGCUUGAUGCUAUUUUAGAAAAAAAUAUUCGUUUAUUAGAUUAUGAAAAACUAACAGAUAAUAAUGGCCAAAGAGUUGUGGCAUUUGGUAAAUAUGCUGGAGUUGCUGGAAUGGUUAAUAUACUUCAUGGACUUGGUUUAAGACUUUUAGCAUUAGGUCAUCAUACACCUUUUAUGCAUAUUGGACCAGCACAUAAUUAUCGAGAUUCAGCAAUGGCACGUCAAGCAAUACGUGAUGCUGGAUAUGAAAUAGCACUUGGUGCAAUGCCAAAAUCAAUUGGUCCAUUGACAUUUGUAUUUACUGGUAGUGGCAAUGUCAGCCAAGGAGGUCAAGAAGUAUUUCAAGAAUUACCACACGAAUAUGUUGAUCCAGAGAAUUUAAGAAAAGUUGCUGAACAUGGUGAUACUAAUAAAAUUUAUAGUUGUGAAAUAAGAAGAAUACAUCAUUUAGAAAGAAAAGAAGAUGGUGGUUUUGAUCCAGAUGAAUAUGAUAAACAUCCUGAAUUAUAUACAUCAACAUUUAGUCAAAAAAUAGCACCAUAUGCAUCAGUUAUAAUAAAUGGUAUUUAUUGGGCUGUUGAUUCACCAAAAUUAUUAACAAUACCAGAUGCAAAAUCAUUAUUAAGACCAGCAAAUACACCAUGGUUACCAAUAAGUGUUGGUGCACCAGCUUUACCACAUCGUAUGCUUGCAAUAUGUGAUAUAUCUGCUGAUCCAGGUGGUAGUAUUGAAUUUAUGAAUGAAUGUACAACAAUUGAUACACCAUUUUGUUUAUAUGAUGCUGAUAGAAAUAAAGAUACAAAAUCAUUUAAAGGACCUGGUGUAUUGGUUUGUUCAAUUGAUAAUAUGCCAACUCAAUUACCAAAAGAAUCAACUGAUUUUUUUGGUGAUUUACUUUAUCCUUAUGCCAUUGAAAUAAUACAAUCUGAUGCUAAAAAAAUGCUUGAAGAACAUAAUUUUACACAAGCUGUUUAUGGUGCAUUUAUAACAUCAAAUGGACAGCUAACAAAUAAUUUUCAAUAUAUACAAGAGCUAAGACAACUUAAUAAAAAUAAUAGAAGCAAACAUAAAACAUCAGAUAAUGGAAAAGAUGAAACUAAAAGAGUUGUUGUACUUGGAGCUGGAUAUGUAUCAGCACCAGUUGUUGAAUAUUUAAAUAGAGAUAGAAAUGUCAAGGUUAUUGUUUGUUCUCAUUUAAAAGAUGAGGCUGAUGCACUUGCUAAUCGUUAUCCUGGUGUUGAAUCAAUAUUUUUAAAUGUCGUUGAACGACCAGAUACAUUAAAAGAAGUUGUUGCUUCAGCAAAUGUUGUUGUAUCAUUAUUACCAUAUGGUUUACAUCAUGUUGUUGCUAAAACUUGCAUUGAAACAUGUACACAUUUAGUAACAGCAAGUUAUUUAAAUCAUGAUGUUGAAUCAUUACAUAAUGAAGCAGAAAAUGCUGGUGUUACAAUACUCAAUGAAAUUGGUUUAGAUCCAGGACUUGAUCAUUUACUUGCUCUUGAAUGUUUUGAUGAUAUUAAACAAGCUGGUGGAAUAAUUGAAUCAUUUAUUUCAUGGUGUGGUGGUCUUCCUGCACCCGAAUUUUCAUCAAAAAAUAAAUUGCAUUAUAUGUUUAAUUGGUCACCACGUGGUGCUUUAUUAAAUACUUUAUCACCAGCUAAAUAUUAUCGAAAUGGCCAGGUUGUUGAAAUUGCUGGUGGUGGUGAUUUAAUGUCAACAGUACAGGAUCUUAAAUUUUUACCGGGUUUUGCAUUGGAAGGUUUUCCAAAUCGUGAUAGUACAAUUUAUCGUGAUUUAUAUGGAAUAACAAAUGCCUCAACAGUUUUAAGGGGAACUUUACGUUAUCGAGGUUUUACUGAUACAAUUCAAGCUCUUCAAUAUCUUGGUCUUAUUGAUCCAAAUCCACAUCCAAUUCUUCAUCCAAAUGGACCAGAUAUAACAUGGAGAUCAUUGACUUGUCAUUUAUUGGGUCUACUAAAUGAUGAUAUAUUUUAUGAAAAUCUUAAACGUAAAUUGGCUGAUCGUGUUGAAUCAGAAGAACGAAUGCAAGCAAUUGAAGAUUUAGGAUUAUUAAAUGAGGAUCCAGUAUUAAAAUUUAAUACACCAUUGGAUACACUUGCUCAUUAUUUAUCAAAAAAAUUAUCAUAUGAAAAUGAUGAAAGAGAUUUAAUAAUACUUCGUCAUGAUGUUGGAAUUUUAUGGCCAGAUAAUAAAAAAGAAGACAGAGGAAUUAAUUUAGUAAUAUAUGGUGAUUCAAAGGGUUACUCGGCAAUGUCAAAAACUGUUGGUUAUCCAGUUGCUCUUGCAACAAAAAUGAUACUUGAUGGUGAAAUACAACAAAGAGGUGUUAUAUUACCUUUUAGUCCAGAUAUUUAUCGUCCACUUCUCAGUAGAUUGAGAUUAGAAGGUAUUAAAUCAUUUGAAACAUCAAAAUGGCACUAA